CUCAGCGCUGACACUGAUGACUUAAAAGGUUGACAUCUGAGAGAACAUUAGCAAUAUGACGCAAUACGUUGACAGAAACCAGGUGUUAAAAACCACCAAGGUGCGAACAUCGCUGAAGAAUGAUGGCAGCUGGAUCCAAAGCUCCGAACGGGAAAAAGAAGAGCAAGACCAAGCAGGGACGGACCUCUGUGAGAAGACCAAACCCGCUGAAGUCAAGCAGAAGUCAUACGUCCUCUCCACGGCAAAGAUAUUUGAAUCAGUGGAGGAUCCUGUGAGUCUUCCUCCUGCACCGACAACUGAAGGUGAUUCAACUACAGAAUCACUAUCACUAAUGACAAACGGUGAAGUUGUUCUUCCCCAAGAAGAUGCUCAGCCUGGGGGGUCAACAGAGGAGACAACAGACAAUACAAAGCCCAAAGAACAUACAGAAGAACAAAUCCAAAAUGAUGAAGCACAACCAGGCAACACAGCUGAAGAAAACAAGGAAGCAGUUGCUGAUGAACCAGUCGACCAAUCAAAUACAGGAGACAAACAGAGCACUGCUGAAGUCUCGGCAGAUAUUCAUGUCCAAAAUGAAGCAGUGACAUUUUCUUCAACAAAGGAAAACCCAGAUGCAGCAUCUCCUGCAAAGCCAGCCGAGCAACCGGUGGUAACAGCUGAAAGUGAAGUGGAACAUGCUGUUACAGCAGCUGAGCAGUCGUUUGGAGAUCCCACCCAGGACAAGGUCUCUGCAGAUGCUGGCGUGGAAGAUCCUGUUGCAGAAACCUCAGAUGUGGCUGAAACAGAGGAGAAGAACGAACCUGCCGAAGUCCCCGCUGAUGCUUUCGAGGUCAAACCUCAAGAGGAACCUUCAGUCGAAACUGAGCCAGCAAAUGAUGCACACUUGGAGGUCGCCACGGUAGUAUCAACUGAACAAGCUGCUGAGGUUCCCCAGGAAGAUGCUGGAGAGGUUUUUGAGGCUGUAGCUGCGGUUGUGGUGGAGUCUUCAAAUGAUACGAGUGACGGGAUUCAUGCAACACCAGAAGAAGAGGCUCCUCUGAAAAACAGUGUGGAACCAAUCCCAGAUUUAUUGUUCGACUCUCUAGCCAAUUCAUUAAAUCUCAAUCCUGUAUCAGAAUCGCUGAAUCAGUCUGCUGCCAACACCACGGCUGAGUCUGAAGAGGCUAAUGUUGAAGCUGCAGCUCCAGAAGAAGCAGAUUUAAAGACCAGAGUUGAGGAGUUGCCAGAGGGUAAAGUCCAGCCUGUUGACGACACCGCACCUGAGAAAGCAGCAGAUCCUGUGCAGGUGGAGUUGGACAUCACUGACGCUGUUGAACCUAUAGCAGCCUCAGAGGGUGGAGCGGUUCAGAGUGUGUUACCUGACGGAGGCAUUGAGCUGACUGAUGCAUUGGAUGUGGAGCUGCCCACAACUGAAGCUGCUCCUGCUCCUGAACCUGUGGACGAUCCCCAACAGUCCCCCUCAGAGGAGGCGGAACCGAACCAAUCUGAUGAUACCAAUACCACUGACUUGUUUCAAAAACCCAGAGAUGAGCAACAAUCCAAGCACCUUCUGAAAGUGACCAGUGAUGGCAAAGCUAUUUGUUCGUUCUGUGACACAAUUAUUGAUGGACUGAUCAAGCUCACAUUCAGCGACCCUCUGCUGACCUGCCAUGCUGAGUGUCUAAAGUGUGGUGUGUGUGCUAAGGGCCUAGGAGAGUUGCUGAGGCCCAUGUUUCUGCGUGACCAGUUGAUCCAGUGUGAUGGCUGCUUCUUCUCGAGACGUGAAGCCUGACUGUUGUCAGAGGACUCAAAGUAUACUGUGAUUAAUGGGCUGAGAACUUCAUCCCUGUUUCCUUUAGGCUGUUAAAAUUUAUAAAAUGUUUCUCAGUUAACGCUUUUAAGUACAUUUUGUCAGGAUUGGAAAAUCUGCAAAAAGCCUCUGCAACUUAUUAUGUCUUACAACUACUGCCAAAGAUCCUUGAAUGAAAUACUUUGCAGGUAGCAUGAAUGAUUUUGGGUGCAAUGUA